CUGUGUGCCGAUGUGUAACCGCUCCUCUCCUCUCUUGUCUCUCUCCCACCAUGUGAAGCUUUGUGAAUCCGAGCUGCCUGUUUGAGUCCGGAUCAUCGAGUGGUGAUGCUGAAACAGUGUUUCCUAAGGACCUAACAGAGGACUGGAUGUGGUUGUAGCUAUGUUAACGUCAGGGUGGGGGGCAUGGUCUCUCUCCCCCUGCGGCCUCCUGCUCGUUGUCUUCUCGUCCAUGUGUCUGUCCCAGCAGCCGGAGGUCAAACCGGCAGACUGCAGCAGGAAAGAGCAUCCUGUCGUUUCAUAUCAAGCAUUGAGGCCUUGGACGUCAGAGUUUUCCCACCGAGGAGCAAAGGAUUUCUCCCAGCUGGCCCUGGACCUCAGCAGGAACCAGAUCGUAGUGGGAGCGAGGAACUUCCUCUUCAGACUGAGUUUGAGCAACGCUUCACUGAUUCAGGCGACAGACUGGUCACCUGAUGAGGAGACAAAGCGCUCGUGUCAGAGCAAAGGGAAGACGGAGGAGGAGUGUCAGAACUACGUCAGGGUGUUGUUGAUAAGCGGGACGACGCUCUUCACGUGUGGGACGAACGCUUUCACCCCCAUCUGUGUGACCAGGCAGAUCAGUAACAUGAGUCAGGUGUUGGACUCUGUGAACGGCGUGGCUCGAUGCCCCUACGACCCGCGUCACAACUCCACCGCCAUGGUCACAGAGCGCGGUGAGCUGUACGCGGCAACAGUGAUCGACUUCUCCGGACGCGACCCGGUGAUCUACCGGAGUCUUGGGAACAUGCCGCCGCUCCGCUCUGCUCAGUACAACUCCAAAUGGCUGAACGAGCCUCAUUUUGUGUCCGUGUACGAGAUCGGUCGCUUCGCCUACUUCUUCCUGAGAGAAACGGCGGUGGAGAAUGACUGUGGGAAGAUGGUGGUGUCCCGCGUGGCCCGGGUCUGUAAGAACGACAUGGGCGGACGUUUCCUGUUAGAGGACACCUGGACGACCUUCAUGAAGGCUCGGCUGAACUGCUCCCGCUCCGGAGAGAUCCCCUUCUACUUCAACGAGCUGCAGAGCACGUUCUACCUCCCCGAGCAGGACCUGAUCUACGGGAUCUUCACCACCAACGUGAACAGUAUUUCAGCCUCUGCUAUCUGUGCCUUCAACUUGAGCUCCAUCACUCAGGCCUUUAACGGACCCUUUCGCUACCAGGAGAACCCUCGCACCGCCUGGCUCGCCACACCAAACCCCAUCCCCAACUUUCAGUGUGGGACUCUGGAGGAGGGCGGCCCCGGAGGCAACCUGACCGAGCGCAGCCUCCAGGACGCACAGAGACUCUUCCUCAUGAACGAUGUGGUCCAGCCGGUCACCAUCAACCCCCUGUUCACCCAGGACAACCUGCGUUUCUCCAAGCUGGUGGUGGACGUGGUGCAGGGCCAGGACAGACUCUACCACGUCAUGUACAUCGGCACAGAAUACGGCACCAUCAUGAAGGCGCUUUCUACAACCAAUAAAAGCCUCCAUGGCUGCUACCUGGAGGAACUCAGGAUCCUCCCUGAGGGGAAACUGGCUCCGAUAAAGAGCCUGAGACUCCUCCACAGUGACAGGUCUCUGUUUGUGGGGCUCGAUGACAGGCUGGUGAAGAUCCCGUUAGAGCGCUGCUCCAGCUACCCAACGGAAAGUCACUGUUUGGAGGCGCGGGACCCGUACUGUGGAUGGGACCUCAAACAGAAGCGCUGCACGACCAUCGAAGAGAGCUCCAACAUGAACCACUGGAUCCAGAACAUCACAGAGUGUCCGAUGAGGAAUCUGACACAAGAUGGCGGAUUUGGUCCUUGGGCUCCAUGGACGGCGUGUAACCACGAUGACGGCGAAGGCUCGGUCAGCAGUUGCAUGUGUCGGUCCCGCUCCUGUGAUGGACCCAUGGCCCGGUGCGGAGGAUUCGAGUGUAAGGGGUCGACUAUUCAGGUUGCAAACUGUUCCAGGAACGGCGGCUGGACUCCUUGGUCCUCCUGGGGUCAGUGCAGCAGCAGCUGUGGGAUUGGAUUUGAAGUGAGACAGCGGUCCUGCAACAACCCCUCGCCUCGCCAUGGGGGCCGGAUCUGUGUGGGCCAGGGUCGGGAGGAGAGGCUGUGCAACGAUAAGAAGCCGUGUCCCCUGCCUAUGUUGUGGACAGCGUGGGGCCCCUGGGCUCACUGCAGUGCUGAAUGUGGAGGCGGGGUCCACUCCAGGACCAGGACCUGUGAGAACGGCAACACCUGUCCUGGAUGUUCAGUGGUACAGCCAUACUUCUAUAUAUAUAAACAUUUAAUGUUUAAAAGGAAACAGGGACCUAGAGAAAACCUGCAGUGUACUAACAACCUUCCCGGUCUGGUUCUCCAGGAGUACAAAGCCUGUAACCUGGAGGCCUGCCCUGAGGUGCGCCGUAACACCCCCUGGACUCCCUGGAUACCUUUCAACGUCAGCCAUGAUGGAUCAAGGCAGGAGCAGAGGUUCAGGUACACCUGCCGGGCCCUGCUCCCUGACCCUCAGCAGCUCCAGCUCGGCAAGAAGAAGCUGGAGACCAGAUUCUGUCCUAAUGACGGGACCGGAGCGUGCCAGACAGACUCUCUGGUCGAAGGCCUGGUGAAGACAAGCGGUCAGACUCUGUCUCAGCCUCAAGGUGUGCGCUGGGGAUCAUGGGAAACAUGGUCCACCUGUUCGCAGCAGUGCUCCAGAGGCUUCAGGACGAGGAAACGCAGCUGCAUGACUGCAGAGGGUCGGACCAAUCCCAGCGCCUGCGUGGGAUCCCCGGUGGAGUAUCAGGACUGCAACACUCAGCCCUGCCCAGUGAAUGGAGCCUGGUCUUGUUGGUCCUCCUGGUCUCCCUGCUCCUCCAGCUGUGGAGGGGGACACUACCAGAGGACUCGGACCUGCAGUAACCCUCAGCCUGCGAGUGGAGGAGACAUCUGCAUCGGCCUGCACACUGAAGAGGCGCUCUGUAACACACACACAUGUGAAGGUUGGGGCGACUGGACAAGCUGGGGGGACUGUGAUGAUGAAAGUCUGCAGCAUCGCACUCGUCACUGUGGGGAGGAUCAGGAGCCAGAGUCCGGUCUCUGUCAGGGGAACAUCACACAGUCUCGGCCCUGCCAGCCUCACGAGGUGCCCGUUAUUUUACCGGGACAGGAGAACCAGAGCUGUGGGACCUUCACUCUGUUCCAGUUGGUCGCUGUAGGUUUGGCCAGUUUCUUUGCAGCAGCAUUACUGUCAGCGCUCACCUACUCGUACUGCCACCACCUGAACCGCCCGUCUGCAGAGUCAGCCGUCAUCCACCCGAGCACCCCCAACCACCUGACCUACAACAAGCAGGGCAACGCCACGCCAAAGAACGAGAAGUACAUCCCCAUGGAGUUCAAGACGCUCAACAAGAACAACCUCCAUGUCAACGACGAGACGUGCAACCACUUCCCCUCCCCGCUGCCCCCCACCAACAUGUUCACGACCACUUACUACCCCACCAGCCUGAGCAAGUACGACUACCACCCGGACUCCCCCUGCAGGACCUACCUGCACAGCUGAGAGGAGACCACAGUCUGAACAUGAACCACCUGCAAGUGUCACAAAAUACACCUGAUGUUAGACUCUAACCAAAACACCCAAAUUUUGCAGAUUUGCCUUGACACCUUGAGGUCCCACUUCACUUUAAUAUCUUUCACAAUAACGUGCCAAGAAUUCAGAUAUCUCCAAUUUUUAACAGCAACUAAAAACCAACAUCUUGAAAUCUUCAGUAGCAUACUUUACCUUCAUCCACAGACCUCAUUACAAACAGUCUCAAAGGGACUCUUUCAAUGUGACAUUAUUGGCUCUCUAUUGAACAGAAGUUUAUUUGUGGCAACAGCUUACAAGAAGUUCAACAUGUCUGCAAAUUCAUGUUGAAAUAACAGAUUUUGGAUGGUUUUAUGAACCCAGACUCAUUCUAUUUGGUUUUAGACUACUUCAGGAGGGCAAAUUGAUGACACUAGCUGGGAUGUUCACAAAGAUCUUGCAGCUGAACUCACACACAAGUAACACAAGACCGACUUUCACUCCCCUUCUGGUCUGAACACAGCUUGAGUGCUCUUUUUUUUCCACAGUCCUGCAUGACAGCUUGUAGUUGUUUCUUCAUAUCUUUGAAAGCUUUCUUCUUUUGCUUGAGGAGGGAUCAGUUCACCGGUCGCAUGGACAAUGAACGCAUCUAUAAGGAGGAGCUAUUCGAGGAACAUUUCUGGGAUGCAUCUGUGUGCAAGCUACAAUGACACAAUUACAGCGGCAUAAGCUAGCCUGCGUAAACCAACUUUUUUCACCCUUUCCUCUUCAAACACCCACCCUGAGGUGCUCAGUUUGUGCUCAGGGCAAAAGCAGGGUGGGAACCAUAACUCCUGGGCUUCACAGAGACUCCAGACUUUGUGAGAACCUUCAUUUCCAGGCGGGGACUAAUACUUAUGGUGUUUUUAUUGGAACUACCUGGCGUGGACACUUGAGUGCAGGUUGCCUGAAAAAUAUGGAGGACUGAAAAGAGACUUGUGCUUUAAUUUUUACUCUUUAGCCGAACAACACUGAAGAGGACACUUUGUUUGACUCACCUCACUUUGUACUGUACAAUGUUAAACAUUUGUCGGAUUAUUUGAGGUAUCUCUGGGGUGUUCCAUGGAGAUACUGUAUUUUGAGUAUUUGGAUUUUGUGAGAUUAUCGGGCAUUUCUUUGUCACUCUCUUUUCUCUUUUUCUGACAUACAUGCACAAAGGUUAUUGUUCAAAAAUCACCAAAUAUACUGCAGCAGCGAAACUUGUAAAUAUCACAGCCUCACACCGGAGCAGGAUUGUUUUCAAUAUGUGUUGUACAAUAUGUAUCACUGUGAUGGUUUUAAGUGGAUUCUAGUGCUUUUAAACCUGGGCCUUACUUUUUUUGGGGGGGUCUAAAUGAAUUCCAAUGUAACUUGGUUUCAAGUCUUUACAGUUUAUUUUCAAUGCGUGAAAAUUAACGGAAACAACAGUCACGUAAAACAAGACAAACAAGCCUUUCUGAUUUGAGGAAAAUCUUCAGCAGUGAAAUUAAUUAGAACUUUUAACAGAUUUCCUUCCAGAUAAACUUUACUUAACUUUGUUCUUUUAAUUUAGGAAAGAAAAGAGGACAGUAACUUUAUUUUAAAAACUGAAACUUGGGUGAAUAAGAUAAAUGAACAUCCCAUAGUUAAGCUAGGACCACUUCAGUCAAAAACAAUUAUUUAUUUGCAGAAAAAAAGUUAUAUUUGGCGGUAUAGCUCUGUUCUGAGAGCUCCCUGCCCUUCCAAAGCCUGAGGCAGGGAGAGCACACCUCCCCUCUCUUUCAUGUGCACAAAAAGCCAAGGCAGGGAGAGCAUCAGCAAAGACCCACAGGGUACCAAACAGAACGAGCAGGAUCCUGCACGUAAGAUCACAGUAUAAACUCUACAUAUAAAACCUUUAAAUGUUGUUUGAAGCUAGAUAUGUGUUUUUCUGACACAUCCUGGUCCAGUUGUGUUAAUAUUUAAAUCCCAUGCUGUUAAUUUUAAAUUGCAGAUCUUAUCUUUUUGAAGUGCGAGCAACGUGAAUCUAAUUCAGGUGUCUCUGUGAUGUAGCAUGAAAACAAGAACAGCCCUGAUAAGAUGUGUUUGUGUAAGAGUGACUGCAUGCACUGACACUCUAACACAAAUAUCAGCACGUUUUUGUAAACUCUACAAACAUUUUUGUGUGUAUAAUAUUUCCCAGAUGGUUGAAAUGUUAGUUUUUAAGAGGAAUUUUGUGGAAUUAUCCCUGAAUUAAUUUGUUUUUCCUCCAAAUGGACGCCUUUUGAUGUGAAUUUGACUGAACACUGCCUUUUGGACACUCAAAACGUUUGGUACUCUAUAUUUUUGUAUAAUGUACACUGUAAAAAAGAUGAAUAAAUACAUUUUGGUGCCAGUGUUUCGCUAUAAGCUGAA